AUCUCCAUAGUUACCCUGAAUUUGAGCGAAUCAACAUAUCGUGUGUGAUGCAACACUAGGAGUCAGUGAAAAUGUAUUGGACUUAUAAAAGUGUGGUUGUGGUGUGUAUGUGUGCGGCCGUAAGGACUCAGGUCAUCCCGGGGAAGGCUAGGACCAGUGAUGGGGAUUAUAAUAGCGUGAAUCCUGAUGGAUCCUUUGAUUUUGGGUACGCGAACAAGGAUCGGGGAGCAAGCUACCAUUUAGCUCAUGCGAAUGCUAAUGGCGUGGUCGGGGGGAGGUUUGGAGCUAAGGAUCCGGCUACUGAUACUGUGAAGGAAACUGUUUAUACUGCUGGGCCUAGAGGAUUCCGCGCGAAGGGUCCCAACGUGCACAGGAACAUGGACUUGGACCAAAGACCCAGGGGGAACAUCGGCAACAAGGAUGACCCCUACUUUGACCCCAGUGAAGACCCCAGCUACUCCUUCAAGAUCGACACUAGGACAUACACGAAGAAUGAGAACGCUGAUAGCAGGGGCGAUGUCACUGGUCACUACUCGUUCGUUGACGACGUGGGAGAACGUCACGAGGUCUCCUACAUAGCUGGAAGGGACACCGGUUUCCACGUGUCUUCAGCACAUCCAGACAACCCGAGCAUCAUCGGGUCUCCGUUCCAUAGGGUGCCGUUGGUGAGAGGCGAGACUAAGGCCAGAGGCAGGACCGCUGUGCAAAGAGGAAGGGAUGGCUCUUAUAGGUUCAUAUCAGCUGGUCCGGAUCAGAGGCGAACUGAAAGUAGUGACUCACAAGGCAAUGUCAGAGGAUCGUACACAUUCUUGGACGACAAAGGUGUUCAAAGGACCGUUAACUACAUAGCUGGUCCCGGCAUUGGCUACCGCAUCGUGAAGAACAGCAACGACCCUUACAUUCCCCCCUACUUCCCCACCAUACCCAGUCAGUAUGACCCUGAGUUCAUCAACGCUGGCUCCAAGUAUGGUGCUGGAAGCCCGCCAGCUGCGGCCGCUGAUGAUGUUUUCAAAGGCCCAGACGGUACCGCAGCAUCAGGCCACGUAAAACCACCUCCGUUCCCAACCAGCGACUCCGACAGACCAACGAACACAGUCCCAGCAUCUGGCCCAGUACCCCCCGACUCUAGCCCGGCUGAUGGAAGCGAACCCCAGUACAACCCGCCUCCGAACUUCCCUCAAACCUCAGGCGCCGAUGAUGGAACCAUCAUAGAUGAAGACUCCACGCCCACAGGACCAUUCGGACCACCUCAGCCGACGAAAGGACCAGGCAAGCCGGGCCGGCCGACCAGCAAACCUUAUAGGCCGGCGAAGAAACCGUAUGUGCCACUAAAACCUUUCCAGACUCCAAACGAUAUAAGCGACGAAGUCAUAGAUCACGACCAUGAUAGAAACACUCCAGAGUUUGCAAUAGGAUUUAAUAUAAACCAUAAUAAGCCUGGUACUACGAUUAUUAGGAAUUUAGGUCGGGAUUACUUCGGCGUUCCUCCCGGGGUGUCGGUAAGGGCACAUGUUCAGAGUAUCGACUUAUACCCUUUUGGUUCUAAGCCCAUAUCGCCUGCUGAAGCGUUAGAAAACGAUCAGACGUAAAUUAUGGACUGAUCACGGUUUCCCUACAUCGAAGUAUUAUUUUUAAAGAUAUAAGGAUUGUAAUUUAAGCAAUAAAGUAUCUAUAAAU